AUGGGACGCUCCGGUUCGUGGGUAGGUAAAGAACAGAGCCUCGCCUACGCCGAAACCGUGUUUUACGGGGUUCCAAGUAAGCAAUGGACUACACGUCGUAAGUACGGUGUACAGCGCUUCCAGUCGCGCACGAGUGUGUCUGGUCGACGCGGUGUGAGCAGCGGUACCCGCCACGCCACUCGACUAAUGCGGUACGUUCAGGCCUGUGCCGAGGAGCCGAAGUGUCCCACUUGUGCGGGAAAAAGCGUGAUUGAAUGCCCUGUUUGUGGCGGGAGAGGCGUGCUGGGGCGGACGAUUCCGUGUUCAUACUGCAAAGGUCGCAAGCAGAUAACGUGCCCCGUUUGUGUUAGUGACCAAUACGAGGCGACCUGGGAAGCGGAAACAAUCGAGACGUCUGAUCCUGAGUUAGAAUCGUACUUGCCACCAAAUGCUGAUGAAAGAGUGCGCGCUCUCUACCGCUCCCACCUCGACAGCUUGCGGCGAGAACGACGGGGCUCUGAGACUCCAGGAACUCAGAGCCCCUGA